CGCUAUUACAUGACAAAUAUUGUCUGCUUUUUUCUCUUUCAAAUUCAAAUUAAUGGCGGACGAAAGCCAUUCCAUAAAUGUAAUUAUUUUUAGCUAAUUUAGAAUUUAAUAAAGUCUUCUUCUAUUUUAUUCCAAUACAAAUCAAGAACAAAAAAACUAGACGUUAGAGAACCUUUAACCCACAUGGAACCCUAAAAUUUCAAGAUUUCAGAUCCCAUCAUUUCAAAUUUUUCAAUCAAUUUUUCUUCGUAAAAAAAAACCCCAAAGAUCCAUCUUUAAUUGUACCCUUUUGAGCCUUUGAGUUUAAAGAUUCAAAAUUUGCAAGUUAAAGUAAGAGUGACUGAGUCAGUGAGUGAGUGAGUGACUGAGUGAGUGAGUGAGCGAGUUACAGUUACUGAAGAAUCUUUGAAUAUAGAGAAUUAGUAAAAUUGAACAGAAGGGUUUACACAGAAGUAAGUGAAUUGAAAAGGGUUUUUGUUUUUGGUGUAAAGAACAAUAAUUGUACCCUAUUGAGCCUUUGAGUUUAAAGAUUCAAAAUUUGCAAGUUAAAGAGUGAGCGAGUGAGCGAGUUACAGCGAGUGAAGAGGAUUAAUGGAAGAACCAACUUGUCUUAUGAGAUCAUUUUCUCACCCAUCUAGUGCUUCUCGUGAACCCAAAGAGGGUGAUCAUCCUCUUCGAGCUCUAACAGAAUCGAUAUCGUUUGGGAGAUUUAUGUCGGAAUCUUUAGCUUGGGAAAAGUGGUCAACUUUCUCUCACAAUCGGUAUUUAGAAGAAGUUGAGCAGUUUUCCAAGGCAGGUUCUGUUGCUCAGAAGAAAGCUUAUUUUGAAGCUCAUUAUAAAAAGAGAGCUGCCAUGAAAGCAGCAGCCGUGCUUGAGCAAGCAAAUAUUACGGUUAACGAUGUCCCUCAAGUAGAAAUCACCGCGAAUAGUAUUCUAUGCGUAGAGACUCUAGAGAAAACUCUAAAUGAUUCCUGUAUUGAUUCAGUGCCAUCGGAAACAACUAACUAUCCUGUCAUUGAUGAACAACAAGAAAAGGUUAUUCCUGAGCUAACUCGUUCUCUUGAUGGAAACCUAGUUUAUCCCGAUAGUGAAGAGAACAAUACACAACGCGCAACUGUAAGCACUGAAGAGGAAGUGCAAGAAAAUGCCGAGGUGGAAAGACCUACUCAGGUUGAGAAUUCAAGGGAUCUUGAUAAUUCUGAUGAGUAUGACAAGAUUGUGGCCUCAGCAGAAGAGAAAAUGCCUCAUAAGGAAUCUGCUAAAAAGGAGAAUGCAUCUUUACCGAAUAAUAACAGACAGUUGAAUCCGUCGUCAAAAUUGUCAAGUCAGGUUAGAUCUUCCAAACAGCUAAAAGUCGGAACAAAUGCUAAUGCCAAUAGUAAGAAGUCCCUGGGAGACUUGAUUGACAGAAAGAGAUCAGCUUCUAGAUCUGUUCACAUGUCACUAAAUUUGGACCGUCCCUCUGGAGAAUCCGGUAAAAGUUCUGCAAGAGUGUCAAAAGAGAGUUCAUCUAUACCAAAAAAUCCAACAAGGGCGUCUGUUUUUGGGAUAUCAAAGCUUCUUCCUUCAAUCAAUCGGCCAUCAGAAGAUACACGAACUAGGUCAUUGCUCAAUAAGUCAGUCUCUGCAGGAACAACAGCGGGCGGGAUAUUGCAGGUCCUCUCUGGGGAUCGCACAAGAUCUUCAACUUCAAGUGAAAGCAAAAUCCGAUCUCCAAGUAUAUCUUCUCCAUUUAGCUUCAGGAGUGAAGAAAGAGCUGCAAAACGUAGAGAGUUCUUUCAGAAGCUUGAAGAGAAAAACAAUGUAAAGGAAGCAGAGAAAAAACACAUGCAAAUCAAAUCUAAGAUUCCAUUAACACGACCUCGGUCACCAAAACUUGGAAGAAAGCCCUCUUCCAUAACAGCAAUGGAAACGAGCGUUCCACUUCCUCGGAGGCCUCCCAUCAAUCCUGAAAGCUCCAAGCGCAUUGUAUCCAAAGGCAAUCUAAGCUUAACUCGUUCGGUUACUUCACUACCAAAGAAGAAGAAAGCACAUGAGAAUGCCUCUCCGAAUAUCCAGCACUGACUGAACUCCGGUGGAGAUGGUUUUUCUUGGAAGCAUUCAGUUGGACAUGGUGUCGAAUUGAUACAAAGUCCGUCAUUGUGCAGAUUCGCCUUUGUAAGUACACACUACGGAGAAGACAAAUAAACAUGAAACGGCAGUGGGAUUCAAAUUAGAGAUGGGGGAGUUGGUGGUUUCUGUUGGAGGAUUGCUUUCCACAUCCAGCAAAAUCCUUUAGUCCUUUAACCAUAUUAUAGAUAGCUACGAAGUCAAUGUUUAGUAGUUAUGGAGAUAUAGCAGAAUGUAUUAGGCAUUUUUAAAUGUCUGCUUGCAAUUUUGAAUCAUUAUUUGAUGCCAUCAGUAUGUUCAGGAUUA